AUGAUGGACGAUGCCCUCUCUGAGUCCGACAACAUUUUCUCUCAGUCCCCGGAGCCAGAUCGGCCGGCAUCAGGCGUGGCACCAGCGCUGGCUCUUCUCAGUGUUUGUGAGGUCCAAUUGCUGUGCUCACUCACCCCUCUCGCGACCCCCAUAUCGGCGGCGCUGGGCUUGUGCAAACUGGAGCUGACCACGCAGACCCCUCGCUUCUCCAAACCUUCGCCGGGACGAGCAGACGGUGUUUUUACUCGGCUGCUUCUCCCUGUCACGUUCCAGCCAAAUUGA